AUGAGGUAUAAAACGGGCUCCCGCGAGUGCUUUUCACCAGGCCGUGACGCAGGUCUUGGAGACUCCGCCCACUCGCGCGGGACUACUGAUCGCUCCUGCGUUGUUCGAACGCAACGAGUCUCGAGCGCGCUGUGGUGCAGGCAAGAGCUCGGCUUUUUCGGCUCUUGUUAUUUCCGACCCGAGCUUCCAUUAACACUGCAGAACAUUUUUAUGAUGAAGCUUGUGUUUCUCUUUGUCGUGACUUUGUCCCUCUUCGCAGAAAGCAAGUCUUCACCAGUGGGACAAGAUGGCUGGAAGGAAGACCUGCUCAUCCAGUGUUUGGUUGAGAUCCUUAAUAAGGUCGUAUCCCAACCAGACAGCAUUUCUCUGCAACCGGAAUGUAAAGACAUUCUUCAAAAGCAAGGUUCCAGCCUCACUCUGCUUAUGAAAAAGAAUGAAGAAGAAAUGCUUCCUCUAGAGCAUGAUGAGAAAAGACAAGAAAGGGAGUCUAAUGCCAGGGCACGAGCAAUCAUUAAUGAGCUUCUCAAGACAAAUGAGGAAAAGCGCGAAGAUAUGGAUGAAGAACGGAGCCAGGAAGCGUUUCCAAAUUAUUAUAAGAGACACCAUCUUUUAACAAGCAAAGAAAAACGCGAAGACCCAGACAAUGAGAGGAGCCAAGAGGAAUUCCCUCAAAAAAGACACCACAUUUCUGCAAAGGAGAAGCGUGAGGAUCAAGAUGAAGAGCGAAGCCAAGAGGAAUUUCCGACUUACGAGCAGAAAAGGCACCUUUUCUUUACCAGCAAGGAAAAGCGGGAUGAUCCCGACUAUGAUCGAAGUCAGGAAGACUUCCCAAGCUAUGUUUAUAAAAGGUACCAUGAUGAAGAUGGGGGGACAGAGAAGCAAAUUUGGAAACCUCGCCAAUACCAUUACAAACGUUAUGAUGACUCAUCAAAUGAAGAUUUUGCAGAACUAAACUCUCAAGAGAAGAGGUUUGAAGAAGAGGAGAGUGCUAAACACUACUGGAAUCCCAUUCAACGAUACCACCACAAGAACCAACACAAACGUGACGGUGAUUCCUCUGAUGAAGAAAUGGAGAGCGAAGAGAAAGAGAAGAGGGUCUCAUGGACCAGAGGGUCAGAGGACGGCUCAGAGGAGAGUGAAGAGAGAGAAAAGAGAGUCUGGAUGCCAAGUUAUAAGAACCACCGCAUGAAGCUCGUUCACAAGCAGGGUAAAUUUGAGAAUGAAAAUGAUGCAAACCUCCACCACCCACUGGAGACUUCAAAGCGCCGUUCACCCGAGGAAGAAGAGGAAGCGCUAAUUGCCCAAGAGCUAAACGAAAACAAGCACCAUUAUGACAGCCAAGAGGAGCAGAAACGGCACCACAGUGAUGCAGAAGAAAAGAAGCAGGAGAAAGAGACAGAGCUGAGAUACCUGACCAAGAAAAUAAAUGAUCCGGAAGAACGUCUGCUUAAAGAGGGUGAGGUUUAUGACAAGCGCAAUCCCUGGAUUUACCGAGGAUACUAUCAUCCAGCCUGGUAUAAGAAGAGUGCUGAGGGAAACGAAGGUCUCGCAGGUCCAUCACAGAAACUGGAAGAGCUUGCCAAUGCCCUGCGAUACAAGAUGGGUCUACUGUCUGAAAAAGAAUCAAAUGAAGGGGAAAAGGCUUACCUCCACCAAAGGACUCUUACUCCAGAAGAGCUGAAAGAACUUGAGAAACUUGCCUCCGUGGAGCAACGAGCACAAAUAAACUAGCCUUGGUUGAAACGAGAAGUGAACCAACCAUACGA